AUGGGAAAGUGGACCGCUGCCGUCGUUCUCCUAAUACCGCUGCUGUUUAGUCUGGGCUACGCCUCUCCCGAUCUUGGACUGGACAUCGCGAUCGACUACGUCACCCAGAAUGACCCGAACGUGUUGAACGCGGCCAACAUGGUGGGAUCGGUUUCAUCGGAUCUGCAAGGCGCCAUCGGAGGCUACCAGGUGGCGAAGUUGAACGGCUCGACCAGCUUGAUCGUGUCGGGUGAAGCCCUGAUCGGUCUGGUGGGCAACAUCACCGUCACCGUGAACAAUGUCCUGCGCAACAUCUCGGUGGUGGCCAGCCAGCGCCAGACCGCACCGUCCUGCAUGUUCUCGAACAUGAACGUCACCAUCGAUCGGGCAUUCGUGGCCAUCGAACUGGCCGUAGUGCUGGCAGGACGUAUCCAAACGUCAACCUCAGCGCAGCAAAGCGGUGCCCUGAUGUCCUGGAUUGGAAUGAUCCAGACGGCUCUGGUAGACAUUUCCACCUACCUGGACGCACUGUACAAGCAGGUGGUGGCCGUGAUGGCGACCGGAACCGUGUCCGCCAGCUCAGUGUCGGCCAACAUCAAGUCGGCGACGUUGUUCAAUCUGGCCGGUUCGAUCUCGGUGAUGACGACGGCGGAGAAAGGACUCUUAACGACCGUGCGCUCGAUCCGCUCGUCCUUCGAGCAAGCCGGUAACAUACUCAACAGCUACAGCAACGAUCUGGCCAAUGCCGUUGUGUCGGUCAACAACACCCAGCGUGACUACUACAACCAGGUGGUCAGCCGGGUCAGCUCGUACCAGAGCAAGGUUACGUCGGAAACCAGCUUCGGCAUUUCGGACAUCUCAAACACGCAAACGCGCCUAAACCAGUUCAUCCAGGAUACGGUCACUCGCUCCACGGCCCAGUCCCUGCAGACGUCGAUGUCCGUGACGACCACGGCGAUCCAGACGAAUGCGAACGUCUUCACCAGCAACAUCCAGUCGCAGAUGACGCAGAUCUACAUCGGCGCGGAAGCGAUCGUACAGGCCAACAUUCAGUCGCUGGUGGCGGUGUUCGAUGCGUCCAAUGCCGUACUGGCCGCGACAAUGUCGGUCGGUGGUACGUACGCCAGCAACUGCAACAGCAAGUACGGCGGUGCGGUCUCGAACCUCGAGAAUAACAUGCGCGAUGGGUUGCAGCGUUGCUUCAACGAUUACGCCAACACCGGCUACACGGACUCGUUCAUCAGCGAGUUCAAUCAGGUGAUCCGCGAGCAGACGCGCUCGAUUGCGAACCGGAUCAACUUCUGCCUGAAUUUGGGCUCCACCACCUCGUCCUCGAUCAUUCGGGCCGGCAUUGCCAAGUGUUUCUCUGAGAUGGUUACCAUGAGCGAAGUCAUGAUGAAGGAUGUGGCCGUCCAGACGAAGGUGGUCGUCGCGUCGAUAAACAUGGAAAGUUUGGCUAUGGUGCAGCGGGUGGAAAACUGUGCCGCCAUUCUGAACUGCGGGCUUGUUGCCAAGGCUAAAUCGCUCGAUUCGCUGGUGACGGCCUGUCAGACCAGCAACAACUAG